UAUACAACACCCAUAUUACAGGGGACAAUGAAUUUUAUUUUCUAUAUCCGUGAUUAUACAUACACUGAACAAUGCCUAACGUUUUCUAAUUAUAAAUAGAUACGUUAUUUUAAAAUGAUGCAAAGUGAUUGAUUUAUUGGUUAUUUUUAUUUAUUUACUUACUCGUUUCACCUAUGUGUUAAACAGUAUAAUUGAAUGUUAAACGGAUUUUUUUGGUUAAGCAAUCGAACUAACAAUGGAUAAAACAGGUUUCGAUCGGACGCAGAACAGGACCAUUGUUAUAUUCAUAAUGUGCUGUCUGCUCACUGAAACUGUCAGUCAGACAGACGUAUGCGUUAGGGUACCAGCAAAAACUUCGGACUGUUUACAGUCUUCAGAGUAUCACCCUGUUCCGAAAGACUCUGUAACACAGUCAUGUCUACAGGAGCUGCUUUGGGACUUUACGACAAAUCAGAACCUAACAGCCGACGAGGUUGACCAUUUUAAACGCAUAUCUCGUCGAUACCUGGACAGUCCAUCGUCUUCUCCUUCCGGCUUCAGACAAAGACGAGAAUAUCGCCAACUGAACGACUUGGAGCGCGAGAAGCUUCAUAGGUCAUUUCAGAUUUUAUAUGAUGAAGGAACAAUUCACCGCUAUGGCAAGCUUUACGGACUAGCCUAUACCACCGUUCGUAAGAGCCCGGCUUUUCUUGGUUUUCAGCGUGUAUUCCUGCUAGCUUUUGAAGAAGAGCUUCGACGAAUAGACAAUACGGUUAGCCUUCCAUAUUGGGAUUUUACAAUAGAUACCGAAAUGGACAACCCAGUGAACUCGAUACUUUGGUCACGCAAAUAUUUCGGUAAUGGAAAUGGCCGAGUAAAGACAGGAGAUUUCCGUGACUGGCGUACUCCAAAAGGCUAUAUACAACGACGUUACGGCGAAAGUAAUUACGGAAAACUGAUGAGCCGUGAUGUUGUAAAGACAAUUGUAUACAAAUGCAAGACAAAGGACGUUACCUAUCCUGUUAGGUCUGAAAGUGAAGAAAUAUUCGUACUAGAAUAUCAUCAUAAUGGAAUUUUAAAUUGGCUUGGAGGCUCUGCUGCGGACGCAAAGACGGCGGCGUAUGACCCUGUGUUUUAUAUGUUAUCAGCUUGCACGGACUUCAUCUGGGAAAUAUUUAGGAAAAUUCAGCUGACCGAAUGUAAUAUUAAUCCAUCAAUGGAUUAUCCAACUAAUACAAAGGCACACAAGCAAGGAGCUUUUGAUAAAAUGCCUGGAUUCUCACAAUUUUCUAACGUUCACGGAUAUUCGAACUACUGGUCAACGUUUUGGUACAAUUAUACUCUAGCUCAAGGAUGUCCGAACUGUAACUCGAAAUACCAAUGGUGCUCCACCAAAGUCGAUCGUUGUAUAUCUCAUUCUAGACGAACUGAUUAUAAUGUUGGCAGGAAUGUUGUUUCGGCAAAUGAAGCCUUUGAGCCUGACACUGAAUAUGUGCCACAUAGAGUUGAAAUUCCUUUUAUGCCGUCGCCAUUAAACGAUGGAAGGACAAUGGCCUCAGCUAAACUUGACGCGAGAAAAGCCGUCACUAGACGACGCUCUUCGAACAAACAACAACGAAACCUCUUCGUUUUAAGUGCACUGGGUCGAUCUUCCUUGAUAUCGGACUCAUUAAGUGCUAAUGAUUAAUUAAUGAACUCGCAUAGAUACUAUGUACCUCUUACAUCGACUCAUAUAUAAUAUACGAAUACAUUUUCUUUGAUGAAUAUAUAAGGCUGAUACAUACCAAUACCCGUGAAUCUUUUGACCAAAAAGGUUUAGCAUUCGAGGGAUCAGAAAGCUUCUUGAUUGGCGGCGAUUUUCUACAUACAUCGUGUUGUCACUUGAGACACGUGGUUUUGCCCGAAGUUGCCAAUUGAAAACGUUCUUUGUAACACCUGCGUUUAGCUUACAAAAAUUAAAACCAAUCAGACAAUGCCUGCUAUCUCAAAUAUUAAAUAUUGAGAAAGGAAUACAAAAUCAUUCUUAAUCCACCAGUUUGCACUUACAUUGAAUACUUGUGCAUAUGCUGUUAUCCUGUCUUCUUAUAUAUGGUUAAAUUGAUUGAAUACUUGUGCAUAUGCUGUUAUCCUGUCUUCUUAUAUAUGGUUAAAUUGAUUGAAUACUUGUGC